UGGCUGUCACAAAUAAUCUCGUUUUGUUAACCUAUCACUAACACCGUUCUAAAGAAGCUCGAAGGCAUAAAAGCAUGAGGCAGCGCAUGGAUUUUUCAGGCGUCCGCUGUCCAUCGCGUGCUAGGCAGAACUGAACAUUUUCAGCAAUGGCACCGACUUCAGCCGCCAUCACCGUCCUCCUGAUGUUUCUGUUGCCGCGUCAUUUGGUGGCUAUUCCUCAUCACUUCAUAAUGAAGGUCGCUCCGGAAUGUGGUCCUAAUGUGAAGAGUGUGGCGAAGAUCAACAUCGUCACCGAUCUGCAUAUAACGGGCUUUGCCAGGUGCAAAGAUGGAAAGAAAUACGAAUUCCGUUCCAGCAACCGCGUGAACCACUUUCUGGAAGUCUCUUAUGCGGGAUCUGGUUGUGUUUUCUUUAAAAUGGACUCGUCUAACGUGUAUACCGUCCCCAUUUUCAUCCAAUGGGGGUCGCCCGCCAGUCCACUGCAGACAAGUGAGGAACAGUACCAAGUCACGUGUACCUUCGACAAGAAUGGGGAAAGUAAAAGUGGUUCUAAGAUCAUUACAGACGCACUUCUCGCCCCUCGGGAGAUUCAGACAAACCUUGGGCCCUUGGCCAAAUCUGGAUAUACCCUGGACAUGACAAACGUACUGGGGAACGCCCUGCCCAGCACUGUAGACAUCGGGAGGAUGGUGAAGCUAACGGCAAAGUCAGAUGGACGGGGUGGAGAGUCUGGACUCAGAGCGCUGUCAUGUGAUGUCGUUGGAGUCAAGACUAACAAGAGAUACUCCAUCCUUAGAGCUGGUUGCGGUGACGGUAUGAUCUUCAACAAGACUGCUGGGUUCACCACCAAGGGCCUGACAUCCAUCAGCCCAUACUUUGCCACCUUCAACCUCUUUCAGGACGAAGAAGUGUUCUUUGACUGCAACUUCACUCUCUGCAGAAAGGCUUGCGAUGGGAGUUCCUGUGCUACGGUUCGCCGGAAGAGAUCAAUGGACAAUGAUCUGUCUGGAGAAAGUAUCAACGGAAUCGCCUCAAACACUGUCAACGUGAACGCCUACGACGAUGAGCUUGUGGGGAUAUUAGACCCUAACGAACCCUCACCCUGCAGGAGUAGUGGGCUCUGGAAGGUUCUGGUAACCAUACAUUGGGAGUAUGUGAUGCUGUCCUUGUCACUAACCAUCACGUUCCUGAUCGUCAUACUGGUUGUCAAGUCGAUUUCAACAAGAUCGGUUGUUAAGGAACCAGACAUGAAGCCCACUUUACACAUGUAAAGGAUGCCUAUUAAAUCAUAAUAGACCUGA